CAUCACCACCACGAGGAGCUCUGUUCCGCCCGCACAUCCCCAUCUACCGCGCAGCUCCGCCUUGCCUUCCCAUGUCUCUUUCCUACGGCGCAGGCGGCGCCACCGCGGCCCUGGGCGUGGUCGGCCUAUACAUGCUCUUCCAGGGCGAAGGAGAAGCCUUCAACGUCGGGCAAUUCAUCGAAAGCUUGUCUCCGUACACAUGGGCUAGUAUCGGCAUCGGCCUCUGCAUAGGUCUCUCCGUCGUCGGAUCGGCCUGGGGAAUUUUCACGACCGGGGUGUCCAUCCUCGGAGGAGGUGUCAAGGCCCCGCGGAUACGAACCAAGAACUUGAUCUCCAUCAUCUUCUGCGAAGUUGUGGCCAUUUACGGCGUCAUUAUGGCCAUCAUCUUCUCCUCAAAGCUGCAAGGUGUCAGCGACUAUGAAGAACUGAUGAGCCCCCGGAACUACUACACUGGAUUUGCACUCUUCUGGGCCGGCUUGACUGUGGGCAUGUGCAAUCUCAUCUGCGGUGUAUCUGUGGGAAUCAACGGAAGCAGUGCUGCUUUAGCAGAUGCCGCAGACCCCUCGCUCUUCGUCAAGAUCUUGGUUAUUGAGAUCUUCAGCUCUAUUCUUGGUCUUUUCGGGUUGAUCAUCGGCCUUCUGGUACAGGCAAACGCACCCGAGGGCGUCACACGAAGCGCAAGCGCAGCGUCCCAUGUCCCAUUGUCAGGACUAUCUAGAAAAUCGAAACUGAAAGCCGCAAUACUCGUGGUCUCCGAGACUGCAUCUCAGGACCCCUCAACAGACAAAUGUAUACCGAUUCUCCAAGACGUAUUCGCUCAUCUUGGAAACGACCAAUGGGAGGUCGCCUCCACCGAGAUCGUCCCCGAUAGCAUUCUUCACAUUCAGAAGAGCAUACGGACAUGGACCGAUUGUGAGGAGCCUGCCAACCUGAUUGUUACCAGUGGUGGUACAGGCUUUGCUACUAAGGAUGUUACGCCUGAGGCAGUAACUCCGCUCAUAGAUCGACAUGCACCUGGUCUUGUACAUGGAAUGUUGGCUUCUUCGUUAGCUGUCACGCCUUUUGCAUUGAUGGCUCGGCCGGUUGCAGGCGUAAGGAAGGGUACGCUCAUUUUAACGCUGCCCGGAUCUCCAAAGGGAGCGAAAGAGAACCUGGAAGCCGUGCUCAAGCUUUUGCCACAUGCUUGCGUUCAAGCGGCCGGCGCGGCAUCCAGACCGCUGCAUGUGGGCGGCAUAAAGAAGCUUGAAAAGGAUGCAGGAGUUUCAUCUGCUACCAGUGCAGCAGGAGCGGCAAGCGGGCAUCAUCAUCACCACCACCACCACUCACAUGGUCACGGAGGCCACGCGGGCCCAAAAGCACACACCAAUCCAAAAGACCUACCACAGUCCAAUGACCCUAGCGCAGGACCAACUCGUCGAUACCGCUCGUCUCCUUAUCCCAUGCUCGCUGUAGAUGAAGCUCUGGAACUCAUAGCAGAGCACACACCAUCCCCAAUUAUCGAGAAAGCAUCUGUGGACAUGAGUCUUGGAGGUUCGGUACUGGCAGAAGAUGUCAAAGCUACAGAGUCUGUUCCCGCGUUCCGAGCGAGUAUCGUAGAUGGUUACGCGAUCAGAACCCCAUCUUCGGGAAAAUUUGCAAAGGGUGUAUAUCCCGUAGCUCUUGUUUCGCAUGCCCAAGCCGGUGAGGUGCAAGAACUGAAAGAAGGGCAAAUCGCUCGUAUCACCACCGGCGCACCGCUCCCACCAGGUGCAGAUGCCGUUAUCAUGGUGGAAGACACGGCCCUCGCAUCUCAAACCGAGGAUGGAAAGGAGGAGAAGGAAGUCGAGAUCCUCACCGACGAGAUUAGAAGCGGAGAAAACGUGCGAGAAGUCGGUAGCGACGUCAAGGAAGGCGACAUCAUCAUGAAGAAGGGUGAAGGCAUUACGGUCGUGGGUGGCGAAUUUGGGCUCCUCGCCUCAGUUGGCACAACAGAAGUAUCAGUCUACAAGCGGCCGGUCGUCGGUGUUCUGAGCACAGGCGACGAGAUCAUCCAGCACGAUAGACCAGGCCCGCUCAGACUAGGCGAAGUGCGCGACACGAACCGUCCCACGCUGCUCACUGCAGUGCGCAGUAACAACUUUGAGGCUGUAGAUUUGGGUGUUGUGUCUGACAAACCUGGAGCCCUCGAAGAAACGCUUCGCUCAGCUCUCGCCCGUGUCGAUGUGAUUAUAACCAGCGGCGGCGUCUCCAUGGGUGAACUCGAUCUCCUCAAGCCUACCAUCGAGCGCUCCCUUGGCGGCACGAUCCAUUUCGGUCGCGUGAACAUGAAGCCUGGCAAGCCUACCACCUUCGCUACGAUCCCCACCAAGCACUCCUCUCCGACUGCGUCUCGCACUAGCAAGACCAUCUUCUCGCUUCCUGGCAAUCCCGCCUCCGCGGUCGUGACGUUCCAUCUUUUCGUGCUACCCUCGCUGCACAAGCAAGCUGGCAUUGUACCUGCAGGCUUACCGAAGGUGAAGGUGGCGUUGGAUUCAGAUGUGCGCAUGGACCGGGGUAGGCCUGAAUACCACCGUGCAGUCGUGGCCGUAGCCAGAAAUGGUACACUGGUCGCGAGCAGUACGGGUGGACAGCGGAGCAGUAGGAUUGGUAGCUUCAAGGGAGCGAAUGCGUUACUGUGUAUGCCUGCUGGGGAGGGUUCUGUCAAGAAGGGAGAACAGGUGGAUGCGUUGCUCAUGGGAAAGAUUGGGGUGGUGGAGUGACAGCGGGAUAAGGAUUACUUGGCUUGGUAAGCUGGGCACUGCAUGGGAAUGUGUAUACUUGCUGCAAUCUGUACCGGUCAUGUUUCAGCGUCUCCCAAAUGCCAGUGCGUUGCCUCGUGGUUG